AUGGAGGACAUGCUGAAAAUUCUUACAUGUACAAAUGAGCAAAAAGUGUUAUUUAUGACAUUUAAGCUAACAGGGGAGGUAAAGCGCUGGUGGAGAUCAUCGAGAUUAUUGGAGGAGCAUAGACUGGACCCCGUAAUGAUGACAUGGAGUUGCUUCAGGGAGAUCCUUUUCAAGAGGUAUUUUCCUGUUACUGUCAAAAGUGCGAAGGCAGUGGAGUUUCUGCAUCUGAUGCAGAGACUGAUGACAGUACAGCAGUAUGCAGUUAUAUUCAUUGAGCUGUCUUGGUUUGCUCCAUUUUUUGUACCAGAUAAGGAGAGGAAGGCGAGGAAGUUUGAGGAAGGUUUGAGGCAGAGUCUGUUUAAGAAGGUUAUAGGCUUUCAGGCUUAG